GUUUAUACGAUGGAAAAAAGGUCACGAACUCUGACCCUCCCAGCGACUGCAACAAACUGUUCAAAUUAUUAAUUUACUGGAAGUAUUACAUGAUAUACAAAACUUUCCAACGAGUAAGUACCUUGUAAUUACUGAAGCAACGGAUCUCGACACUGACGAACCCGGAGUGAGACACCAGUAGGAUGUUGAGCAGUCUGCACGGAGGCAGCCAUUAGCUAACCUAGCUAGCACACAGCAGUAGCUCGCCUAGCUCCUUAGCCUUUCCGGGGACCCAUCUUAUGACCAAAGUUAAACUUCACGAAAAGAUUCUAACGCCUCAUGGGGCUUUAAUGUGAAAGCAGUGCAAAGGAAGACAUCAGAAUGGAUGGGCAGACCCAAAGGAUUCAACUAGUUUCAGCAGACAGUGGAAUGCAAUUGGGACACCGAAUCCAGAUAGUGACUGAUCAGCAGACUGGCCAGAAGAUCCAGAUCGUCACAGCACUGGAGCAGUCCUCCCCUGGGAAGCAGCAGUAUAUUCUAGCCAAUGCAGACUACUCAUCGGGUGGUAAGGUGAUCCUGGCCAAGCAAGAGGGCUCCCCCAACAGGGUCAUCUUCUCGGGUAACGAGGGCUCUGGGGUGAACCAGGUGCUGUUCGCCUCCUCCGAUCAUCUCUCGCAGCAAAUCCAGUUUGUGACAGAUGGUACCGACCAGACUCUCAUCAAGCCUGUUGUGGAGUACUGUGUCGUGUGUGGGGACAAGGCCUCAGGGCGCCACUAUGGAGCGGUGAGCUGUGAGGGCUGCAAGGGCUUCUUCAAGCGUAGCAUCAGGAAGAACCUGGUGUACACGUGCAGGGGAUCCGGAGAGUGUGUCAUCAACAAGCACCACAGGAACCGCUGCCAGUACUGUCGACUGCAACGCUGCAUCAACCUGGGCAUGAAGCAGGACUCGGUGCAGUGUGAGAGGAAGCCUGUAGAAGUUUCCACCAGAGAGAAGUCUUCCAACUGUGCGGCCUCCACAGAGAAGAUCUACAUUCGCAAGAACCUGUGCAGUCCCCUCGCUGCCACGCCGACCUUCGUGACCGAUAAGGAAACCGCCAGGUACACGUCGUUCAAGUCCACCAACCUGCUGGAGUCCAGUAUGUUGCUUAACAUCCAGCAGCCUUUCCCCAAGCUGGAGAACAACAUGAUGGUCCCGGUAUCCCCAGACACGGAUGACCCGUGUCAGGGCGACCUGAGCACGCUGGCCAACGUGGUGACGUCCCUGGCCCACCUCAACAAGGCCCACGAGGGUCACGACGGCACCAACGACCUCAUGGGCGUGGACAACCUGAGCAACGGAGACAGCUCCAUGACCGACAUGCAGGCAGACGAGCAGACCGCCAGUGAAAUCACCCGAGCGUUUGACACCCUGGCCAAAGCCCUCACCCCGUCCGACGGCUCGGCGGGUCAGUCGCUGGAGGCCACCAUGCAGCUCAUGUCCGGGGACCAGUCGGGACCGGUGGUGGAGCUGGAAGGACCCCUUCUGUCCGACGGCCACGUCCCCUUCAAGCUCAUGAUGCCUCUGCCUGUGCCAGAGUACCUGAAUGUGAACUACAUCUGUGAGUCGGCCUCACGGCUGCUGUUCCUCUCCAUGCACUGGGCCCGCUCCAUUCCUGCCUUCCAAGCGUUAGCUGGUCACGAUAAUGACAUUAACCUGAUGAAGGCUUGCUGGAACGAACUGUUUGCCCUGGGCCUGGCACAGUGCUCCAACACUAUGAACGUUGGCACCAUUCUCGGAGCGAUCAUCAACCACCUGCAGGCGAGCUUGCAGGAAGAGAAACUGUCCCCAGAAAGGGUAAAGCUGGUGAUGGAGCACAUCUGGAGGAUGCAGGAGUUCUGCAACGGCAUGUCUAAGCUUUCUCCAGAUGCCUACGAGUAUGCCUACCUCAAAGCCAUUGUCCUCUUCAGUCCCGAUCACCCGGGCAUCGACAACAUCCUGCAGAUUGAACGCUUCCAGGAGAAGGCCUACAUGGAGCUGCAGGACUAUGUUACUAGGUGCUACCCCGAGGACACCUACCGGUUAUCCAAGCUGUUGAUGCGGCUGCCGGCCCUCAGGCUGAUGAGCGCCGCCGUCACGGAGGAGCUCUUCUUCGCCGGCCUCAUCGGCAACGUGCAGAUCGACAGCAUCAUCCCCUACAUCCUCAAGAUGGAGUCCACGGACUACAACAGCCAGAAUGCAUCUGGGGUCUGAAGCACUGCCACGGUUCUCGGUGGACGGGGCCGGUACCCCCCCCCCUCCCCUCCCUCUCUCCAAUGCUUUGCUGAAAUUGCCCCACGGUACCCCCCCCCCCCCACACACACACACACACACACACUCCCAGCGGCCCGGCCCUGUUCCUGUGUCUUCUGGAACGGUGUGACCUUAGCGUAGCUGGUCACUCCUUCACCAUGGGGGGGGCCGUGAGGGCGGAGAGAACACACACACGCACACACACACGCGCACACGCACACACGACUGUGACGAGAAAGCCUUUCUUUAGCCCUUCAUUCAGCGAUGAACUCUUAUGAGUAGAGUGAUCUUUUUUUUUUUAUAAUAUUAUUAUUGUACAUAGUAUUUUUAUGCUUCACAUGCUCUCUGUAUUCAUUUUGUGCUGAACUUGUUGGUAUUUUGAUCGAAGGAGAGUCGUCGCUUUUUAUUGAUUUCCAAUAUUGUUGCGCUUUCCCCCCCCUCCCCAUUUUUUCAGUAAAAUCAUUGGCAUAAUGUGAACUGAUUUUGCAGGAGCUAUUGUUAUUGUAAAAGGUUAAAACCUUUAUCUUGUUUGCGCACCAAUCCAAAGGAUAUAGGGUCUGCAUAAUAAGUGAAAGAAUUAGAUAUUACAUGGAUCUGCAGUAAUUAUGUAUACUAUAUGUACAUAGAACAAACUGAAGAGAUAUCACGGGCAAUAGUUGCUUGUACCGGGUUUCCAUCAUGUGGAGAAAUUAAUGUUACUAAACAUCAAGUCAUUUGGAAAUUAAAAAAAAUACCAUACAAUGUG